AUGUGGACCUGUACCAUUUUCAAGAAGUGGGACUUGUGUGACAAGGAAGCAGCUGCGCAUCCUCCGCGUCCUUGUUCACGAUUCCCGGAUCUACCUUUGGUGACGGUGCCGGACGACGUUUCUUGCACCGCGGAGGCGGCACACAAACCUCCCGAAACUGAGCAAUCUCGGCUGCUAGGAGACUGGCAGGUGAGUUCCCAACUGCACGACGCUUUUCAGGUUGCCGAGAAGGAGUCACAGCUCCUGGGUCACUUGCUCAUUGGCGAGGAAGCUGUCGUUUUAGGCAUCUUGACAAACCAAUCUUUGGCUACAGACCUAUGCGGUCACACGCCGAAUGCGAUGGUGAAGGCUGCCGCCAAGAUGGCUUUGAAGCGAGGAUACAAGCUGACGGAAGCGUUUUCACCUUCUUUACCCUACACGAUGUUUGCGCUGAGCCAAAGGAUGCAAGCAGCUUUGGCGGAGGCUUCUCGAUGGAAGCAACUGUUGCAGCACACCGGCGACCUGAGAAUCGAGCACUUGGCAUUGGCACUCCUGGGGGAAUAUGGCCUGGACGGCAGCAGGAUGACUGAAGGAGUGCUAGCUGCCUUGCUGGAGUCUUUUGGUGUGAGGAUGGCAGAUGCGAGACGUGCAGUGUUCCAUCGGCUUCCGGGUGCAACUGCCAGACGACAUGCUGACUCUACAGAUCGAAUCUGUCAAGUGUUGCGAGAAUGCCAGGAUGCCACUGCACCCGCACCCUCAUCAACUGCGAAGAUGUGGCCACAACUGUUGGCAAGUUCGCUUGGCAAAAUGACCAAGGGCCUGAAAGAGCGAGUGGUGGAAGCCAAGUUGCUAUUGCUGGCCUCUAUCGCAGGUGAACACGUGCUUUUGCUGGGACCUCCUGGAACCGGCAAGAGCAUCAUGGCCAGGCGUUUGACAUCUGUUUGUGGCGGGCAGUACUUCGAACGUCUUUUGACACGCUUCUCCCUACCAGAGGAAGUUUUCGGGCCUUUAUCUCUUCAGGCUUUGCAAGACCAGGAUGAGCUGCUCCGACGAACCCGUGGGUAUCUCCCAGAUGCAGAAGUUGCUUUCCUCGAUGAAAUCUUUAAGGCAAGCCCCAGCAUCCUGAAUUCGCUCAUGUCUAUAUUAAACGAGCGCGUUUUCGACAAUGGGAGCGGUCGCCAAGAAGUCCCCCUGUGGUGCAUGGUGGGUGCGUCCAACGAGAUGCCCGAGAGCCACGCGCUGGAUGCUUUGUAUGAUCGCUUUCUUUUGAGGAAGGUGGUCGCACAGGUUUCCGAUAGUCAAUAUCAUGACUUCCUCUCCAAUGAGCUGGUCAGCAUGGGUCCUUGCAAUGCCUCUGCGGAGCCUGAGCAGGGCCAAAUCAUGGACUGCAAGCUCUGCCGUGAAGCUUGCAGAGUGGCAUCUCGACACGUCAAGGUACCUCAGCGCCUCCUGGAGCAACUCUCGGCCUUGAGAACGCACCUCCGGGAAGCAGACGUUAUCCUGUCUGACCGCCGCCUCGCGAAGGCUGUACAUCUUCUCCAGGUUGCUGCUUACACUUGCGGUGGAUUUGAAGUCUCAGAGAUCGACCUGCUUCUGCUUCAGCACGUCUUCUGGGACAGAGAUGCCGAGCUAGGCGAGCACAUCAGAGAGUGGCUGCUGGCGAACGUCAAGGCUCAUGGCGAGGAGGAGGCCCUGGCAGCGGCGCAAAAAGCACUCAACGAAGCUGAGCAAAAGCUGCGGUGGGCGAGGAGGUUUCCUGGAGUCAGGAUGCACGUCAGGAAGCUUUUGGCUGUUUUGCAACGGUUUGUGGAGGGCAAGUUGCAGACGUGGUGUCAAGCAGAGGCAUCCGUGAAGCACCGCUUGUCGCUCAUUGGCCUUCCUGGGCGGAGAAGCCAGGCUGGCUUCUGCUGGCUCGAAGAGAAAGAGCUGCGAGACAUGGCGGCUGUGGUGCUCCCGGAGGUCCGUCGUCUCGCCAGAUUCGCCGAGUCCUUGGUGACACGAGCCGCCGCGCUGAUGGCAUCGCUGGAGGAUGUUGAGGUGCAACAACGGCUGACCCGCGCUUCUCCGUCCGCAGACUUUUCGCUUGGCACCUUGAAGGUAGAGUGGGAACAAGAGGCCGACGCAUGCUUCCAGCUUGAUUGUUUUGGACGAGCGGAUUUGGCUGUGGAGACCGCCCUUGAAGGGACGACCACAUCUGAGGCCAAGCAGGGGUCACUCCUGGCUUCGAGCCGGGCAUGCGAGAAUGAGGAUGGCCUCCAGAACUUGGAUGAGCUUUGCCAGGUGCCAAGUAUCGGCCGGCGUUUGGCAAAGGUGUUGCUUCGAAGCUUCGGGAGCUGCAAGGCGGUCUUCGAAGCCGCAGACAAUGACGGCUCGAAAUUAUUGGCAUUGCCAGGGAUCGGCCAGAGGCGUCUUGAACUGCUCCGGGCAGCUGCAAAGGCUCGGCUUUCCGGCGCGCAGUGA